AUGGCAAUGGCAGUGGCAAAUAAUAAAACACAUUGUUUUACAUGUAAUAAAGAAAAAAUAACAUAUCCUUGUAGAGGAUGUUCAAAAGAAUUUUGUUUAAUACAUUUAACAGAACAUCAACAAAUGUUAAAUGAAGAAUUAAAUCAUAUUAUUAAUGAUUAUGAUCAAUUUAAACAAAGAAUUAAUGAAAAAAAAAAAAACCCACAGAGUCUACAAAAUCUUUCAUUAAUAAAAGAAAUUAAUCAAUGGGAAACAAAUUCAAUUGAAAUAAUUCAAAAAAAAGCACAAAAUUGUAGAGAAACUAUUAUCACGUCUUCAGAAAUAUUUAUUAAUGAGAUUGAAAAGAAAUUUGAUGAUUUAUCUGAACAAAUAAAACAAAUUCAUAAAGAAAAUGAAUUCAAUGAAAUUAAUUUAAAUUAUUUAAAAAAUCAAUUAAUAGAAAUUACAGAAGAAUUAAAUAAUUCAUCAAAUAUUUCUAUUCAACAAAACUCACAAUCAUUUAUCAAUGAAAUUUCAAUUAUUUCCUCCAAAAGAUCAAAAUUUAACAAAUGGAAACAAAAUGCCAUCACUGUGGCUGGUGGAAAUGGACAAGGACAAGACUUAAAUCAACUCAAAAUCUCUGUUGGAAUCUUUAUUGAUAAAAACAAAAAUAUUUUCAUUGCUGAUUGUGAUAAUCAUCGUAUUAUUGAAUGGAAACAUAAUGCAAAGAAAGGACAAAUCAUUGCAGGUGGAAAUGGCAAUGGGAAUCGAAUGGAUCAAUUGAAUCAUCCACAAGAUGUGAUUGUUGAUCAACAAAAUCAUUCGAUCAUCAUUACUGAUUCGUUAAACAGACGAGUGAUCCGAUGGAUGAAUCAAAACCAACAAACUCUCAUUGACAAUAUUGACUGUUGGGGCUUAGCAAUGGAUAAACAUGGAUUUAUCUAUGUUUUAGAUUGGAAGACGAAUGAAGUGAAACGAUGGAAAAUGGGAGAAUGCAACAAUGAAGGAAUUGUAGUGGCAGGUGCAAAUGGAAAAGGAAAUCAACUUAAUCAACUUAAUUCUCCCAGUUUUAUCUUUGUUGAUGAAGAUCAAUCUGUUUAUGUAUCAGAUGAGUAUAAUAAUCGUGUGAUGAAAUGGAAAAAAGGUGCAAAAGAAGGAAUUGUUGUGGCUGGAGGAAAUGGUGAAGGAGAAAAUCUCAAUCAAUUGUUUAAACCUCAAGGAGUAAUUGUUGAUGACUUAGGUCAAAUCUAUGUGGCAGAUUGUGUGAAUGAUCGAGUAAUGCGUUGGUGUGAAGGAAAAGAAGAAGGUGAAAUUGUUGUAGGUGGAAAUGGUGAAGGAAAUAGAUCAAAUCAAUUGAAUGGUCCCCGUGGUUUAUCUUUUGAUGAUGAAGAAAAUCUUUAUGUUGCUGAUUCGGGAAAUGAUCGAAUUCAAAAAUUUGAAAUAAUAUCUGAAUGA